GCCCCCACGCUCUUCUCUCCUCCCUCCUCGGUCCCCGCUGUCCAGUUGCAAUCCUCUCAGCUCCCAAGCAUCCAAUCCAUCUCUCUCUCUCUCUCUCUCUCUCUCUCCAAGGACUCCACGCUGGGAAGCUUGGGGCUGGGGAUAUUCCUUGUCCCGCGGGUCAGUUUAGCGCGGUACAGUGGUGGAGACUACUUGUUGCCACCACCGCUUCUUGUACAGCUCGGGAGGAGGAGGAAUUGCAGUUGCAGUGGGGGGUGACAGGCGGCGGUCGGAGCUGGAGGAGGAGGACGCGCUUGCGAUGGGGUCCGAGGGAUCGGCCGGGGUCGUCGUCGUUCCCAGAAACUUUAGGCUCCUUGAAGAGCUUGAGCGAGGUGAGAAGGGCAUUGGUGAUGGAACGGUGAGCUAUGGAAUGGAUGAUGCUGAUGACAUAUAUAUGCGUUCCUGGACAGGAACUAUCAUUGGUCCUCCUAAUACUGUUCAUGAGGGACGAAUCUAUCAGCUGAAGUUGUUCUGUGAUACAGACUAUCCAGACAGACCACCUACUGUUCGAUUCCAGACUCGAAUCAAUAUGACAUGUGUGAAUCAAGAAACUGGAAUGGUUGAACCAAGUGUAUUUCCUAUGCUUGGUAACUGGCAAAGAGAGCAUACAAUGCAGGACAUCCUGAUCAGCUUAAAAAAGGAGAUGUCUGCACCUCAGAAUCGUAGGCUCCAUCAACCUCAUGAUGGCAAUGAAGACCAAAGAGUAGAGCAGAAAGGGAUGUCUCUUAGGUGUGUCAUCAUGUAAGAGAUGCGAAUUGCAAUCAAUGUACAGUAUUAAAUUGAGUUGCAUCAGGCGCAGAAAAGAGCAACCCAUGACCUCCUGUAAUUUGGCAAUGGCUACACUGGAUCCAAAUCGUUCUGUCGUCUCAAUAAAAUGUCGGCAACUUCGUUAA